UGCGGAGCCGCCUGCAAGGAGCCGGGAACAGCCGCCGCGCCUCCGCACGUCCCCGCAAGUCCGGUCUCCCGGGGCGAGGCCGUCCCUGAGACCCUCCGCAGUCUGCAGACUCAACUCAAGGCUCAGAACAGCAGGAUCGAGCUUCUCUUCCAAAAGGUGGCCCAACAGCAGCGCCACCUGGAGAAGCAGCACCUGAGAAUCCAGAACCUGCAGAGCCAGGUGGGCCUCCUGGCCCCCACGCACCUGGGCCGCGGGGUAGCCACGCCUGCCAGGAGGAAGAGGCUACCCAAGAUGUCCCAGCUUGUUGGCUCCACUCACAAUAUAACCCACCUAUACAGGCUGCCCAGGGACUGCCAAGAGCUGUUUGAAGAGGGAGAACGGCAAAGUGGACUAUUCCAGAUCCAGCCUCAGGGGUCCCUGCCUUUCUUGGUGAACUGCAAGAUGACCUCAGAUGGAGGCUGGACCAUAAUUCAGAGGCGCCAGGAUGGCUCCGUGGAUUUCAAUCAGCCCUGGGAAGCCUAUAAGACUGGCUUUGGAGAUCCCCAAGGAGAGUUCUGGCUGGGCCUAGAGAAGAUGCACCUGAUCUUGGGCGACCAUGGCAGCCACCUGGCUGUGCAGCUGCAGGACUGGGAAGGCAAUGCCAAGUCAUUUCAGUUCCCCAUCCGCCUGGGUGGUGAGGACACAGCCUACAGCCUGCAGCUAACAGCACCCAUGGCCAGCGAGCUGGGUGCCACCACUGUGUCACCCAGUAGCCUCUCCCUUCCCUUCUCCACUUGGGACCAGGACCACGACCUCCGUGGGGACAAGAACUGUGCACAGAGCCUCUCUGGAGGCUGGUGGUUUGGUACUUGCAGCCACUCGAACCUUAAUGGCAAGUACUUCCACUCCAUUCCUCAGCAUCGGCAGCAGCGUAAGAAGGGCAUCUUCUGGAAGACCUGGCGGGGCCGCUACUACCCAUUGCAGGCCACCACCAUGCUCAUUCAGCCCAGAAUGGAUGAAGCAGCCUCUUAGCCUCCUGGCUGGGGCCUGGUGCCAGGCUCCUAGAGGACAGUGAUUGUGAUUCUGGCCCAGCAUUGGCCACACUUUGCCUUGGGCAGGGGCUCUGGGCAGGGGCCAUUUGGAGCAAUGUGGACAGAGAAGCAGCCUAUGACUGAAGAGGCCCCCUUUCUUAGUAGGGUGGCUAUAGGUGAUAUACCCUCUGAGGACAGUACAGGGCUCAGACCACAGAAAUGUGGGACCAACGGGCAUUGAGGCCUGCUCUUUGCCUACCCAAGGAGUGGGAGAUGCAAAGGGACCACUCGGGGGCAACCAGGCAGCCCUCAAUGGUAGAUUCAGUCAUGUUGACUGGCAGGGGAUGAGAGCACCCUCACGGUGCUAUUGUAUGUGGGUGCUGUGGGACAAGCCCAUGGCACUGGUGUCUGGGUGGAGCUCACAGAAUUCUUGAAAUAAAAGCAGCUUCAGAUUAUUUUAUUCUUCUUUGUCCUUAAGUUUGUUAAAAGUGGACAGUUUCAAAAUCCAGGUAAACAUGUUCUCAAAGUGGAGGUGAACACUCCCUGGUCUGUUAAGGACAAAACUGGUUAUUCCUACCACCUCUGACAACUGAUUUUUAUUUCCUUCAUUUAUUAUUUUAUGAUGUGUAUGUUACUUUUAUUUUCAAAAUUGGAAAACAAAAGCCCCCAUUCAUUCCUUCUAGAAGCAGGUAAAGAGAAAAUUAGAACACCCUCCUGAUCAUAUUUAUGCAUGUGAAUCACCAUUAACCUCUCAGUGUCCCACCAACUGAUAAAA